GUUUUUCUAGGUUGCGUGUACUAGUACGUGACAGGUACCCUCGCCGUGCGAAGGUGUAUCCUUUUUCCACUGUGCGUCUGAGGUGUCAUAGCAGGGCUAGACCACUUGCCCCACGCGGGGAGGGACGAAGCUUCUAAACAUUUAUGGCCACUUCUCCCUUUACUUGUCCAUGCCACACAGGUAUGCUUCGCCCGUAUUCAGUUCGACUUAACUAAAUACAAUUGAGGUAUUGCUCACUUUUCUGUUCUCCAAUGCGUCGGUUCUUUUUUUUAUAAAGCUGAUGUCACUUUUUCUCUACCCAUAGAUUGGUACGACCCAUGUCUACAAAGCACUCAGUAAUCAGACAGGCUAUUGUAUCCUGAUAGAUUAAUUACACACCUAUACGGUCCUACUCAGCCUUUUUUUCUGACUCAUGCGACUAUUUCUUUCUGACUCAUGCAGGGGACGCUUGACUAAGUGCUUACUAGUGACCCGUUUAAUCGUUGUUUAGUACCUGAAGGUACAUAGUGCGUGCAUGCCAAAAAUGUCCAUGUCUAGAACCGUGUUGUGCUUGGGGAUUCUUGUCUUGCUUUGUACUGACGUGGCGACGUGGCGACGCAGGCGACGGCGGCGGUGCAACUGGAGCUGGGGCGGCUGGAGCGGCUGUAGCGCUCCCUGUGGGUACGCGGGCACACAGACCCGCUCGGCUAGCGGCUGUGGCGCACCGGGGCCGGAGACUCGGGCCUGCAACCGGUUCUGUAAUAACGGGGGAACUCCCCAGGCGACCUAUUGCGACUGUCUGGACGAGUUUUGGAACAGAUGCUGCGAGAGCCCGUGCACGCCCAUUGCCAACUGUGAGCAACUGAUUUGCAACUCAGCGACCGACCAUGCCUGUAACCGCUGUAACUACGACCGGGGCGGACAGAUCAAGGCCUACCAGCAAGUGGCUUCAGGAAUCUACCCCAAUCGAGUCUGUGAACAACGAUGUUCCUGGAGACCGGACAGCAAGUUCUGCUACCCCGGCCGCUGCCCGGGAACACCCAACACCUGUACAUGCGCUCCUGGGUUUGGCGGGAACAACUGUCUCAGGAUUUCUACUCAGCCGACUAUCAUGCACUGCCUGGCGAAGCUGCAGCGGGUGGUAGGUGGGGCCGAGAGGGACACACUGGAGGCAGACUGUGGUGCCGUCACAGCCUCCUCUACCGUCUAUGUCGGGAGGCACAUUGCCUUCAACAGACUCCAGAUGACCUGGGACAGCAGUUGGAUCGGACCGACUGCCAGCGAUUGGCCGAGGCCAUAUUACAUCAACGACUUCAGGGUGGGCAUCGUUACAGCCUCUUCAACAUGGAGGCUGCUCAGAGGUGGAUCAGCACUAAGAUCAGAAACAAUUGGAUGCAGCAUUGGGCAUAGUCAGGACAACCCAGACACAAACCUGCAUGACUGUGUGAACCAUGGAGACUUGAGCCUACCUGCUCUCCAGCAUAAUGACAGGUUGGAGUUCAAAGCCAAAGCGACCAACGGCGGUUAUGUUCGCAUCAACAACUACGACAGUUCCAGUGGGACUCCGACCCUUAACCCCCGUCAGUACUACCAAGGGUCAGAGGUCAUCCACACUGCCCACUUCACCUAUGACCUCCGUGACCCCGUGCACUGCUCGGUGGCCAGUAGCUGCUCCUCCAAGCUUGUCGAGAUCGGUCCUUCCUUCACCAAAAAUGGACAUAUCCAGAUCCGGUGGCCAGGCUGGAGUGACGAAGGUUCAGGGCUGGGGAAGUACGAGUAUGUUGUUUACAAACUGCAGCCGUACGGGGACCAGCUGGGUAUGAGGUCAGUGACCCCCAUCCUGUCAGGGUCACAGAACGUGUCAGGAGGAGCAAGCAUGGCGCAGGUCACACUUACUGAACCUGGUACCUACUGCUUUCUCCUGACUGUUGACGACGUUGCCACAAACUACCAGCGUGCUAGGAGGUUCUUAAUCUAUGACGAUGUGAACAACGUGACAGUGGACACACACCAGCCUCUGUGGGCAGACAGUGCUGCGGUUAACACCAGUCGUCUCUGGCAGACAAACUUACAGGACUCUAGAGGGAUAGGGACAAAGGUUUCCCUGAAGUGGCCAGGACGCUAUCGUAACCUGUUCCACCAUCAACACAAACUCCUGGCUGCCAUUGAGCCGUACGAUCCUCCCAUUGCAGCAGGGUACGAGAUCAUCACUGGGCAACCCCCACAAGAAAGGUCACGCCAGGCUAUUCCCAAUGCUUAUGGAGUCACCAAAGUGGAGACUGCGUUUGCUGUGGACCACAACGGCGGGCGUAGCAUCACCACUCCACCUAACACCUGGACAACUGUGCCUGAUGUCACGGCAGAGGGAGUAGACCUGGACAUCCCCAGAGUAGACGGUGACUCAGUGCGACUGUGGGUAAAAGCCUACGAUGUUGUGGGUAACUCUGUACAGGAAGAGGUGCUCCUCCAUGUGGACUCCUCCCCACCUGUAGUGCAGAACUUUUGGCUCAACAGACACGGGGUAACUGCACUGGCCGUGCACCACUCAUCUGACCUGUUUACUAUGAGGUUUGAGUUUGAGGCGUUUGAUGACCACAGCGGUCUGCACAACAUCCACUGGAGUCUGCAGGACUUCCUGGACAGCUCCACUGUUCAUGGGGAGGGGCAGGUCGCUGUCAGGAGGCCUUCUCUCCUCCACCCUGAGUGCCCCCUGCCUGACUGUGCCUGUAUCCCCAAGGACAGCGAGUGUUACUUCAGGAACUACGAGAUCGCCCCCGACCUCAGCAAGAUGGACAUCCCCAUCGGGUCACAUGACCAUGAUUACGUCUUUGUUGUCACGGUUACCAACAAUGCCAUGCUGGUGACGACAGUGACAUUCCAAGUGACAGUAGAUGAGAGCCCUCCCACCUCAGGACAGGUGCAGGAUGCAUUGCCUGGACAGAGGGACCUCGACUUCCAACAGGACCUGCAACUCCAUGCAUGGUGGGACGGGUUUUUUGACCGUGAGAGCGGUGUGCAGUUUUACCAGUAUGGCUUCGCUAACAGGUGUCUGGGGGAGGACGAGUUCAGCAUACCACAGUCAGAACAUAUCCACAACACGACAGGAAAGUUUGGUUCCUGGAUGGCGCCUGCAGCCGGUACCUACUUCUGCACCGUCGUGGCGUACAACCCCGCCCUGACACCCUCCCAGCCGGCCUGCUCAGACGGCAUCACCGUGGACGCUUCACCGCCUUCUGUUCAGCAUGUCAAACUCACGGGAUUCCACGCAAGACCAGGGCUGGUGAGCGAUGACGGAGGGAACGUGUGGAUCGUGAACAGGAACGGGGAACGGGAGGUGGUGACUGAACCUCCGGAGAGUUGUAGGAAUGCCAGCAGACAUGUUGAAGACAUAGAGCUGUGGCCAGUUGCUGAAACUCCCUACAAACGUAACACCACAUCACAGAACUGUACAGAGCUUGGUCCUCUUCCUGACAUGGGCUACUUACCUAUGGAGAACCAUCUGCACGUCCAGUGGGAAGGCUGGGAUGAUGAAAGCGGCAUCGCUGACUACGAGGUUGGCCUCAGCAGUACAGAGUCAGCUACAGACUCUCCAGACAUCCAUCCUUACACGUCCACAAAGUCCCACCCAGAGCUCAGGCUGUACCAUCCGAAUCUGGCACAGGGGGCGCAGUUUUACAUCAUCAUCAGGGCCACCAACAGGGCCCUACUUUCUACUACAAAGGUGUUUGGUCCUGUAACUGUUGACAUCACACCACCAGUCAUAGAGCCUCCGAUCAACGUGACACACACAACAGACAACGCUGAAGACUUUCUGGUGGCUGUGUGGCCAGCGGGCUCUAUCUAUGACACUGAAGACCUAGUGGGCUCAGAAGUGGAGGUGGCAGCCGGUCACUCUCCAGGAGGUACAGAGCUGUCUGCAUUUGCCCCGGUGGAGUCUUUCCUCCAAUCAAACUCUCUCUGCCCCACCUCAUCUUGUGUGGCCCUUCCCAUGAGCCACCUGGAGUGGCAUCUCCAUGGUAACCAGGUGUACUACGUCACGCUGAGGGUCACGAACUCCGCCGGACUGACCUCAACUCUGACCUCGGCGCCAUACCACCACGAUGUAGAGCUACCAUCUGUGGGAGUGGUGUUUGAGGUGGCGGAGUCAACAGAUACACUAAGGAAUCCUCCUGACAUAGACCACCAGACCAACCAAACACAGAUCAGAUGUCGUUGGUUUGGCUUUGCCCAUGCCUAUCAGGACAUCAGCUACCAGGCAGGGGUUGGCAGUGCCCCUGGUCUGGAUGAUGUGGUGAAUUUUGAGCUCGUCGGAUCCUCUACAUCACACAUCUUCACUGGACUAAAUCUACAACAUUUUCAGAGGUAUUAUGUGACUGUGGUGGCAAGAACAGAGGCAGGUGAAGUGAACACCACAUCAGAUGGAGUGGCAGUGUUACCUCAGGAUGGGCAGUUAGCUGGAGCCACUGUGUCUGACGGGUCCUGCCACACUCCUAUUCUGUUCAACGCCACCCUGUUGACCCACCACACGUCCACACCGUUUCCUGGCUCCUGUGCAGAUGAUGUUGAUUUCCAGGCCUCCACCACCACCGUACACACCUACUGGAGCAUCCCGGAACCUAUGGAGGACUUUGUGUCAUACGUUCGCUGGACACUGGAGAGGGAGCAGUCUGUUGGAGGCACAACUUGGGAGGCUGUUAAAACAAUACAAGAUGCUCCAAACACCGGUGUCCUGGUGAUUUCGGAGCUACAGCUAUCCCCCAGCGGGCACUACCGCUCUGCUCUGCACUUCUGCCACCAGGAGGGCUGCUUCCAACCUACAGCAUCCGACGGCUUCUGGGUAACAUCAGAACCACCUGAGGCAAACGGCAUCAACAGGAUAGACUAUGACGAAGCAAACACGUCGCUCACUUUUUCGUGGAACGAGUUUGUAACUGCAGAACUGGCUAGACAUGAGGCACUACAGACGAUGGCCAUGGGUGGAUAUGAGUGGACACUGUCUGUGACUGGGAAGGGGAGCUCUGCACUGGGAACAAUCUUGUAUCCUUGGCAACUGAUUGUGGACUUUAGAAGAUCAGGACUAAAUAUCACCGCUACAGUUACCCUACCCUCCCCUCUGGAGUUCAGCAGCUGUAUAAAGCUGCUCCUGCGCGGGAGGAACCAGGCAGGACUGUACUCUGUGACAUCAGGGGAGAUUCACGACUGCGAUGAUCCUGGGUCUGUCAACAUCCGGGAUCCUGUUGUCUUUGAUGCUGUCCCUGAUUAUUUCAAUGCAACUUUGGGGGAAGAAAGUGGCAUCUCAUUGGCCACGAACCAUUUCUGGACCGUCCCAGACGAGGACUUCACUCGUUCCCGGGAUACCCUGGCGGCCGCGUGGCCCUCCCUGAGACACGGGGACUACUACUGGAAGGUUCUGUCAGCAGAGUCCAUCGAGCGCUGGUCCUUCCACAGACAGGAGAAUGAGAUCAACUACCACUCCUUCCGCUGUGACGAACCGGAGACACUGAGAUGUGGUCAGACUAAGGAUAAUUUUGUUAACGUGGAAGGCCUGGAGCUGCAGAACGGCCAGCGUUACUUUGUCUGUGUGUUUGCGGAAGAGACAACUCUGGAGUUUGAGAUGUUUCAGCACGUGGCAGAGGAAGUUUCCGUGUGUUCCAACGGAGUUGUGGUGGACACAGAACCUCCUGUAGCUGGGGAGGUGCAUGCUGGAUGGGGAAACCAGAAUUACCAGACAUCUACCACAGAGCUGCCGAUUGUCUGGGAGUCGUUCAGAGAUGUGGAAGUACACGGAAACACUGGGCACCAACACUCUGGGGUCAUGAAGUACGAAUAUGCAAUAGGAACCUCCCCCGGAGUGAUGGAUGUGCGACAGUUUGUGGAUGUUGGGCUGACCAAUCACGUUGUCGCUCGUGGUUUGCUGCUUCAGAGUGGACACACGUACUACGUCACUGUGAGAGCAACUGAUCAUGUUGGACUUCAAACAACAUCGACGUCGGCAGGCUUGACGAUCGACACCACGCCUCCUUCUGUCACAAACACGAGGAUAGACGUGGGAGGGCGGUACCUCAUGUCUACUGACGUCAUUUCAGUCAACUGGGAUGGGCUGGUCUUUGAUCUAGAGAGCGGAGUGAAGGAGUAUGCGUGGUGUGUAGGGUCACAGCCAGGUCAUGAUGACAUCAUGCCGUAUGUUGAUGUUGGACCAGAAGAGCAGGCAUCGUCUGACCCCAGCACCAGUCUGGGGCUACUGGAGGGGCACACAUACUUCGUCACUGUCAAGGCGACCAACUGGGCAGGCCUGGUGACCACAGCCUCGUCUUAUGGGUUCAUAGUGGACGCAUCACCACCUCUGUCUGGGUUUGUUCACGAUGGAGGACAACAGGACAUGGACUAUCAGCAUGACCUGUCCACCAUCACAGUAACAUGGGGAGGUUUCCAUGAGCCCCACACUGACAUUGCUGAGUACUCCUGGAUGGUUGGCACGUGCUCAGGGUGUGAUGAUGUCAUGGAGGAACAACAUGUUGGACUGUUGACUGAGGCCAGCGCUACAGACCUGAACCUCCAUCUGGGUGUGAGGUACCUGGUGACAGUGACAGCCUGUAACUCUGCUGACCUCUGCACGACCUUGACCUCAGACGGGGUCAUACCUGACACCUCCCCUCCCAUAGCGGGGGUGGUUCUGGAUGGGAGCAGCGAUGGAGACAUUCAGUAUCAGGCAUCAAGGACAACAAUCCGUGCCCACUGGUACAACUUCCAUGACCCCCACACCGGACUGUCCCAUUACGAGUGGCGGGUGGGGACCAGCCCCGGUGCUGAGGAUAUCCUCCCCUCCACAAAACUGCACCUCACAGAGCAGGGGUUUGUGUCAGGGUUAGACCCACCACUGCCACUGGGGGUUACACUGUUUGUCACUGUCAAGGCUUACAACAGGGCAGGUCUUUCAGUUGAGAAAUCAUCUAAUGGCUUCACUGUGGACAACACUGCACCUUCACCAGUCAUCAGCCCAACUGUCGACUCUGCUAUCGGCUCUGUUGUACUAAAUACACAGGUGUGGAGAGACACACUGAGAGCCAUAUGGGACUUUGAAGACCCUGAGAGUCCUCUGCUGUACCACAUAGUGAGCCUGUACACCCACCAUCAGUCAGACCUGACCACAGAGCCGGUACAGUUGGCAGGAGACACAGACAGCCACACCUUCUCUAACCUGACGCUACAUGACGGAGAUGUGUACUAUGUCAAAGUUACGGCAUGUAACGCUGCUAUGCUUUGUACAACAAGGGAGUCACCUGGACACAUGGUGGACUCCUCCCCCCCAACCCUCGGCACCUUCGCCGUCGCCACUGAUCAUGUGACCCAGCUGGGCCGUGACGUGGAUGGUCACAUGACCUACUGGCAGACAAUUGGUUCGGCUGGAGCCCACCUCCGACUGGCCUGGCUGGGGUUCGCUGACCCCCACAGUGGGGUAGACCACUACAUGGUCACUGUGGGGACAUCGUACAGUGGUACAGAAUUAACACAGACUGGCCCAGUAAGAGUUAACCACAGCGGCAGUUUCCAGUCUGCAGGAGAAGGACAGGUACAACUGGGGACUGUGCCUGUUAGUCGGGACUUGGUGCCUGGAGAAAGGAUCUAUAUUUCACUGUGGGCAGUCAAUGCAGUUGGAUUGAAAAGUGAUGUUGCACACACAACUUUUGAAGCUGUCCGCUCUAACCCAACCAGUGGACUGCUUGAUCUUGUGAGAAGAUGUGAUUGGAGUGCAGGUUUAGCUGGAGAGGCAGUUGGUAGUCACGUGUUUGACACCAGUACAGACCGGAUCUGGCAUGAUGUGGGCAGCAGGACAUCUGCAGUACUUAUCCUGCCAAGGGACGGGGCAUACGCAUCCCUGGAGCCCCGUGUGACCUAUGUUUGGUAUGUUCGAGCCUGGUACAGUCAGAACGACUUCGCCAUUUUCACCUCAGAUGGUGUGAAGAGCCUGCCACUGCCGCCACAGGUGUCUGCAUCAAGAAAGGUGAAAGAUCUGGAGAACAUUUCCACCAACAAGGACCGUGACUUCAACACCAGUCAGACCCUGCUGGCAGUUUCCUGGGACAGCGUCUUCCCUGAUCCAUUUGGGGAGAUCAACAACUACCAGGUGGCUCUGGGCACAGCUGCAGGAGCUAGUGACAUGAUUGCCUGGAGAGUUGUGAGGACAGCCCCAGAUGUAACCAGGACAUCACUGGACAACCUGUCCCUGCAGACAGGUGUAACCUACUACAGCAGUGUCAGGGCAACCAACCACGCAGGGUUGUACACUACAGUGACUUCAGAUGGCAUCAAGGUAGACACAGUCCCCCCCACAGCAGGCACAGUGUAUGAUGGCCUGGGUCUCCACGACGCAGACUAUCAGAACGACAGUCACACCGUGUGGUCCACCUGGCACGGCUUCUCUGACCUGGAGUCCUACAUACACCACUACAUCUGGUGUGUGGGCUCAAGUCCUGGAGCAGAGGACCUGCUAGCUUGUAGAAGUGUUGGUGUGCAGAUUUCUGCUACUGAGAAACUCACACAGGCUUUGGUAUCAGGUACGAAGUACUACUCGACUGUGACGGCAGUAGACGCUGCAGGUCUGUCCUCAUCACCUGUUACCUCCAGCGGCAUCACUGUGGACUCCACUCCUCCUGUUCCUGUGGAGAAACUCAACUUUGGCCAGAAUCUAGUCCUCAACCCUUCUUUUGAGGAGAGCCUUGGAGCAUCAGGAUGGAAUAUAUCAGGUACAGCAGAAGCUGUGACUACGUCAGGAUUUGCCACCAAGGAUGGACAGAAGUAUCUACAUCUACACGGCAGCAUCUCACAGAGGGUACCAACCCAACCUGGCCAGAAGUACCAAGUCAGCUUUCACGCCAGACAUGUGGAGAAAAUCUCACUGCCACUUCAGUCACAGGAGGGAAAGGUUUCAGCCCCAGGACUGCACAAGACAUUCAAGCUGUACCAACGCUUCGGGACGGUCGGCCACAGUGAAGCAAGCGAAGAAUCCAUUAAAACCUGGCACCAACACGUCUACUACUUCACAGCAACCAACUCAGAGUCUGAAAUCAUGUUUAGCUCUGUAGGUAGAGCUGGGAUGGUUUUAGAUCAGGUCAGCGUUCGGCUUGUGAAUGUGAGCACACUGCAAGAGUCAGACAGGGAGAGCAGUGUGGGCCUAGUACAUGUUCACACCAGCACGGCGGCAGACUGGCAUGUUGUUCAGGCCAGCUGGGACAUGCAGGACCUGGAAAGUCCCAUUGUCAAGUACGAGUGGGCCAUAGGAACAGUGCAAGGAGGUACCCAGCUGCAGGGUUUUAAGUCGGUCGGACGGAGAACCUCUGCCCGUAACGAAAGCCUCCAUCUCCAGCAUGGCAGCUCUGUCCACGUGACGGUGGUCGCCACCAACGCAGCGGAACUCCGGACCGUGGUGUACUCCGAACCUGCAGUGGUGGACCUCACUCCUCCUGUCAUCAGGAACAUAAGGGAUGGCACUGAAGAGGAUGACACAGACUACCAGAGCAGCCUGAUCUUCACUGCCAGUUGGGAGGUUACAGAUGGGGAGAGUGGUGUCAGUCUGUGUGAAUCUGCUCAAGGUCUGAGUCCAGGUUCCACAGAACUCUCACAUUUCCAGCCCACGGACAAACUGUCGUCCUCAUCAACAAAUCUGACAGGACUGAUCCAACACGGCCAGACCGUCUACACCACGGUGCGAUGUUGGAACCGCGCCGGUCUGGAGUCCCAGGCGGUGACAGACGGUGUGACCCUGGUGACCCUCCCGCCGGACAGCGCGGCUGCCGAGCUCCGUGUGACGUCCCCAUCACAAACCCCCUUCCCCGCCGAGGGCGGCCAUCAGAGCGCCAAGGAGCAACUGCGCUUCUUCUGGGAAGGGUUUACUGAUGAGGCUGGGAUAGAUCAUUAUGAGAUCUCCAUCAGUGGACCGAACAACUCCACCCACACAUGGUUGUCAGCAGGAGUAAACGGUGAGACGUCGGCCGCCCUGUCAGGACUGAGGCUGGAGCCACAGCAGACCUACACCGUCUUCUGUCGCGCUGUGAACAUGGGAGGGCUGGUCAGCGAUGCUGUAUGGACCAACGUCACGAUAGAGACAGAACAGCCAAUAGUCAAUGGUUCUUCAGUCAUCAGCCAAUGGCAGCCGCCCGACAUCCUUCACCUGGACUGGACGGGAAACUUUCUCAGCCAAUCAGAGCUAGUGUAUGAGGUUUCCAUGGGAACCGUGAGGGGAGGGAGUGACGUCAUGCAGUGGGUGGAAACCAUGGAAACGGCCAUGACCGUGACGGGGGUGGACCACAGCAGGGCGCAUUACGUCAUCAUUACUGCAGUCAACAGAGCAGGUUUAUAUGUGUCACAGGUUCAUAGACUGUCAGCUUAAGAGAGAAAAUGCAGCUUGAGGAGAAAAUGUUUUUAGAGGUAGCCUCCUGUGCAGACUUCUAGUGGGGCAGCAUUUGAGUCGAGAUUUCUGUAUCACCAGCAUCACUGUUUUGGAGAUAAAAGAAGCCUGCAGUCAGAAAACGCCCCACAUCUGCUUAGUGAUUAUGAGAGGUCAGACACAUUGACUGUCCUUUUGGGAUAAGAACUUCUAAACUUGUUUUCUUGUGAGUAUUCCAUGUUUCCCCAUGAAGUAAUUUCCUCCAUAGCAUUGAUUGCUUUGUACAGUUUAUUUAAGUGAGCACACUUGUUAAUGUGGCUACUGAAUAUUUGUCUAGAUACUCUGGAAACUGUCAUGUUACUGUAAAAUUUUACUGUGAAAGAUUAUUAUGUAAAUAUCACUAUUUUGGUUCAAAAAUUAUUUCAUGUUUUAUCACAGUGCAUAGUCCUACCUACUAUGAUAAGAUCAAUGAGAUGUUAUACUGAAAUCUUAAGACUUUUGUAUAUUUUAAGUGUCAACAAUGUGAGUCGAGCAAUUGAUAAAUUGCAUUGUAUAUACAUGUAUCAAUAUUGACUUUUUGUACACU